AUGCUGCCAUGUGACAAAGAGGGUCAGCUCUACCUGGUUUCCGAGGGAAGAUCAAAUCAACAUGAACGAGAGCAAUGGCUUCAGCGCAGAAAUAGUAUUUCCUCCCAGAGAGCCAUCUUCCCCUACAAAGUCGACAGUCAUCCCUUUGAGCAUAGACCACGAUAUGCCAUGUACAAUCAUGCACCCAGCAGUCGCUAUUCAAGCACUUUGCGGUCUGUUUCGGAAGGUGCAUGUUUGGACCUCAGCAGUGACAGGAGCUCGUCUCUCAACUCCACACAAUCUUCAGGCUCCUUUGCGAGGUCUGGUCGAACCUCAACAACCUUCCAUUCUACGCGAACCCGAGCGACUAGCAACCCAGAGAGGCCCGUCACUGCUCGUCCUGAUAAAGGCUCGUCAGGGAAGGACGCCAUUCCAGAUGUACCACCUCUACCUGCAGCACCUGCACCGACCUGGUCUCCAGCUUUGAACCAUACUCCAUUAAGCGCUGAUCCGAGUAUACGUGCGUGGACUAGUGAGAGUGAGGGAGGGCAGAGGUCGUCUGUGUUGUAUUCUCGAUCCUCGCCGCCUUUCAUCUUUCAGCUCCCACCACGGUCUCGCUCAAUGGAACCCAAGAUCCGCAAAAGAAGUCAGGACUCGACAAGCGAGACACCAGCAAAGCAGAAGACCCGUACAGUGACUCAGGCUACAACGGCACCUACUCUGAUGACCACAAGUUCUCCUCCAAAUACUUCGCCGCCCGGUCCUCCCCCGACCUCGAACCUCCCUGUCCUUCCAACAGCACCUACAGUAGCAUCAAUCCCACCCGCAAUCCCUCUUCGCGCACCAGGACACUCCAUCUCCCGCGCAACAACUUCCCACGACCCUGCGACCCCUUCUGCUGCUUCAUCCCUCCGGCCAGCCCUCCGCCGCCCCUCUCCACUGCGCUAUCGUCAACACCCCUCCAGCCACAGCUACCAACACCACCCGCAGCACUACCACUAUACACCUCAACAGCACUAUCAGAAAUAUCAGAGCGAACUAGUCCUACAAGCCGGCAUGGGCACGACACAGCUUAGUGCUCCACAUUCCCGUACGUACCGGCGUCAAGACCACCGCCGUGGUCGCGAUCCCAUCAGCUCGAGCAUCUACUCCACCAGCUCGUGCGGGACGUCGCGGACCAUGGCGUCAACGGCAGCAAGUACUCUUGCCGUCGCAAGAUAG